AUGAUCCCAAAUGAAUUUCAAAUAAUUACGAAGCAUCGCGGCUGCAACAGAAGCGCAGGUAGUCGACCAGAAGUCGCAACUUCACUUAACUCACUUCAGCUUCAUAAUCCACGAACGAAAGUUUCGAAUAAGAAGAACAAUUUGUGUGAUGAUCGCUUGUUAAUGGACGAAAGAAUGAAAGAAAUGAAAGAUGAUCCAAUGAUGAUUCGAUGGAUGUUUGUUGGUGUCGCUAAGUUCGAAGCAAUUAACAGUUCAGACUCUCGACAAUGGACAUUUCAUGCAGCCUUUGACAUUAAAGAAGCUUUAAGGGUUGUUCGACAAUCGAAUGCAGACGAGAUGAUGAAGAUUAUCAGCAACAUAUGGUAG